GUUGUCAUUUGAAAAAUGAAUCGUGAUUUGAGAUUUCGCAUUUCAGUUUUGUGAAUGCUAUGUUGUAGAUAGUUGAUUUUACAAUUCAUUUUCAGUAAGCUCCAUUAAUUAAAACACUGAAACUUUUGUAUGCGUGUUUAUCACUCAAAACUUCAAUAUGACGCUCACAAAGAUGGAGGUGGACUCCGUCAAAGGUGAGGGUUUUCGCCCUUACUACACAACAAAGAUAGAAGAACUUCAACUUAUCGUCGCCGAAAAGUCUCAAAAUCUUCGACGUCUUCAAGCUCAGCGUAAUGAACUUAACGCGAAGGUUCGUAUGUUACGUGAGGAGUUGCAGCUUCUCCAGGAACAAGGCUCAUAUGUCGGUGAAGUUGUCAAGCCAAUGGAUAAGAAGAAAGUUCUAGUGAAGGUACACCCAGAAGGCAAGUUUGUAGUGGAUUUAGAUAAAAACGUUGAUAUUAACGAUGUUACUGCUAAUUGUCGUGUAGCACUGCGCAAUGAGAGCUACACUUUGCAUAAAAUUCUGCCAAAUAAAGUAGAUCCAUUGGUAUCACUCAUGAUGGUGGAAAAGGUUCCUGACUCCACAUACGAAAUGGUUGGUGGAUUAGACAAACAGAUUAAAGAAAUCAAGGAAGUGAUUGAGUUGCCUGUGAAACAUCCAGAGCUGUUUGAUGCUCUUGGUAUUGCACAGCCAAAGGGUGUACUUUUAUAUGGGCCACCUGGCACAGGUAAGACAUUACUUGCUAGGGCUGUAGCUCAUCAUACUGAAUGUACAUUCAUUCGUGUGUCUGGCUCAGAGUUAGUCCAAAAGUUCAUAGGUGAAGGAAGUCGCAUGGUAAGAGAAUUGUUUGUUAUGGCCCGUGAACAUGCACCAUCCAUUAUAUUCAUGGAUGAAAUAGAUUCUAUUGGAUCUUCAAGAAUUGAGUCUGGUAGUGGUGGUGAUUCUGAAGUACAGAGAACUAUGUUGGAGUUGCUAAAUCAACUGGAUGGUUUUGAAGCAACCAAAAAUAUUAAAGUUAUCAUGGCCACCAACCGAAUUGACAUUUUGGACCCAGCAUUGUUGAGACCUGGUCGUAUUGACAGGAAGAUUGAGUUCCCACCACCAAAUGAAGAAGCGCGUUUGGAUAUCUUGAAGAUUCACUCUCGUAAAAUGAAUUUAACAAGAGGUAUCAACUUGCGGAAGAUUGCAGAGUUGAUGCCAGGAGCAUCGGGUGCUGAAGUUAAGGGUGUCUGUACUGAGGCUGGUAUGUAUGCCCUCAGAGAACGCAGAGUUCAUGUAACUCAAGAAGAUUUUGAAAUGGCAGUAGCUAAGGUGAUGCAGAAAGAUUCAGAGAAGAACAUGUCUAUUAAAAAGUUGUGGAAGUAAUGUCUCUAUUUCUUUUUUACGAAUCUUUUAUUCUAUGUAAUAGCCCUUCAUAAAUAUAAUUAUUUUGAUUUUA